AGUCCAAACUAGGUUUGGUUUCGGUCCACUUCCCUCCUUCUCCCGUGGCCAAACACAAGAACUCGGCGGGUUCGCUUUUGGGUGUUUCCGUUGUUGAGGUUGAAUCGAAAGCGGUGGUGAAAAAUGGCGGUGGUUGAGGCGAGAAAGGCACCACGGCCAGGUAAGGGAGGGUUCGAGGGUCAAGGUUUAAGCGAGGAGGAAGCGCGUGUGCGAGCCAUUGCGGAGAUCGUGAGCUCCAUGGUCGACCUCUCUCGGAAAGGCCAAAACGUCGAUCUCAACGCGCUCAAGUCCGCCGCGUGCCGCAAGUACGGCCUCUCGCGUGCGCCCAAGUUGGUUGAGAUGAUCGCCGCGCUUCCCGACUCCGACCGGGAGGCUCUGCUUCCCAAGCUACGCGCCAAGCCAGUUCGAACCGCUUCCGGAAUCGCCGUCGUCGCCGUCAUGUCCAAGCCGCAUCGCUGCCCUCACAUAGCCACCACCGGUAACAUUUGCGUCUACUGCCCCGGUGGUCCUGACUCCGACUUCGAGUACAGUACUCAGUCUUACACUGGUUAUGAACCUACUAGCAUGCGUGCAAUUCGAGCAAGGUAUAAUCCGUAUGUACAAGCAAGAAGCAGGAUAGAUCAGCUUAAGCGUUUGGGUCACAGUGUUGAUAAGGUUGAGUUCAUCUUAAUGGGUGGUACUUUCAUGUCACUUCCAGCUGAUUACCGGGAUUAUUUUAUUAGGAAUCUUCAUGAUGCUUUGUCUGGACACACUUCUGCCAAUGUGGAAGAGGCAGUGGCGUACUCUGAGCAUAGCGCAACCAAGUGUAUUGGCAUGACAAUUGAAACGAGGCCGGAUUAUUGUCUUGGGCCUCACUUACGACAGAUGCUUACUUAUGGUUGUACUCGAUUGGAGAUUGGAGUCCAAAGCACCUAUGAGGAUGUUGCUCGUGACACUAAUAGAGGACAUACCGUAGCUGCUGUGGCUGAUUGUUUUUGCUUGGCAAAAGAUGCUGGUUUCAAGGUUGUCGCUCACAUGAUGCCUGAUCUUCCCAAUGUUGGUGUUGAAAGGGACAUGGAAAGUUUCCGGGAGUUUUUUGAGAGUCCCUUGUUUAGAGCAGAUGGCCUUAAAAUAUAUCCUACUCUUGUAAUUCGUGGAACUGGGCUUUAUGAGCUCUGGAAAACAGGCAGGUAUAGAAAUUAUCCACCUGAGCAACUUGUGGACAUCAUAGCAAGGAUCCUUGCAAUGGUACCCCCGUGGACACGUGUUUAUAGAGUUCAGCGGGAUAUUCCCAUGCCUCUUGUUACAUCUGGGGUUGAGAAAGGGAACCUGAGGGAGCUAGCAUUAGCUCGAAUGGAAGACCUGGGAUUAAAAUGUCGUGAUGUUCGGACCAGAGAAGCUGGAAUCCAGGAUAUUCACCACCAAAUAAAGCCAGAAGAGGUGGAGCUUGUUCGUCGUGAUUAUAUGGCAAAUGAGGGUUGGGAAACAUUUCUGUCUUAUGAAGAUACACGGCAGGAUAUCCUUGUUGGUUUGUUGCGACUGCGAAAAUGUGGCCGGAACACUGCUUGUCCGGAGCUUAUGGGGAAGAGUUCUAUUGUUCGUGAGCUCCACGUUUAUGGAACUGCUGUACCAGUUCAUGGGCGGGAUGCCGAGAAGCUACAACACCAGGGUUAUGGUACGCUUCUAAUGGAGGAGGCAGAGCGUAUUGCGUGCACAGAACAUAGAUCAACAAAAAUAGCUGUAAUUUCAGGGGUUGGCACGCGCCAUUAUUACAGGAAACUGGGAUAUGAGCUUGAAGGGCCUUACAUGGUGAAAUAUCUAGUGUAAUAACUAAUAAUAGUUAUUUGUUAUGUAAUUUUGUAGUUGUUAGUGAUAUGUUUUAAAUGCCUAUCAUAGGGCAUUCAUUUGUGCACAAAGGUUUCCUCCCCAUUCUCAGCUAGUCUUGAAAAUUUAGAUACUGAUUUUUAUAGUUCCCGAGUUUUCUUCCGAGAUUUAAUAAUAUCUAUUGU